AUGUGUGUAUUUACAAUGUGUUUUAUAGGUUAAUUUCCUUAAAUAGUGCCAAAGGAAAGAGGAUGGAACCCGAAAAUACUGCCAAGGAAAGAGUCCUCAUCACUGGAGGAGGCGGUUAUUUUGGCUUCCGUUUAGGUUGUGCCAUAUACCAAAAGGGAGUUGAUGUGAUUCUCUUUGAUGUUGUGAAGCCACUUCAAACCGUGCCAGAGGGAAUAAAGUUUAUGCAAGGGGAUGUCUGUUGCCUGUCUGAAGUGGAAGAGGCUCUUAGAGAUGUAAUCUGCGUAUUCCAUAUCGCUUCCUAUGGCAUGUCUGGCAGGGAGCAGCUGAACCGAAAACUUAUAGAAGAUGUUAACGUGAAAGGAACAGAAAAUGUCAUCCAAGCCUGCAAGAGCACAGGAGUGUCGAGUCUGGUUUAUACAAGUACAUAUAACGUGAUAUUUGGAGGUCAGAUUAUAGAAAAUGGGGACGAAUCUCUGCCUUAUCUACCUCUUCACCUUCAUCCAGAUCACUACUCCCGGACCAAAUCUUUAGCUGAAAUGAAGGUGCUGGAGGCAAAUGGUGCUGAGCUUGGAAAUGGGAAAGGUGUAUUAAGGACUUGUGCUCUCCGACCAGCAGGCAUCUAUGGGCCUGGAGAACAAAGACAUCUUCCAAGAAUAGUUAGUUACAUUGAAAGGGGACUGUUUAAAUUUGUGUAUGGAGAUCCUCUUAGUUUAGUAGAAUUUGUACAUGUAGACAAUCUAGUUCAGGCUCAUAUCCUUGCCUCUGAGGCCCUCAAAGCCAACAAAAAGCACAUAGCUGCAGGCCAAGCCUAUUUUAUUUCAGAUGGCAGGCCUGUAAAUAACUUUGAAUUUUUCCGACCGUUAGUGGAAGGUUUGGGUUACAAGUUCCCAACCCGUCGUCUUCCUCUCUCCCUUGUCUAUUUUUUUGCAUUCCUUACUGAAGUAGUUCAUUUUCUUGUAGGUCGCGUUUAUAAUUUUCAGCCUCUCCUCACUCGCACAGAGGUUUACAAAACUGGUGUCACGCAUUAUUUUAGUAUGGAGAAGGCCAGAAAGGAGCUGGGGUAUGAGCCUCAGCAAUAUAGCCUGAAGGAAGUGGUCGAGUGGUUUAGAUCUCGGGGAUGUGGACCAAAGCAGAGAAAGUACACCAUGAUGCACCUUGCUAGGGAUGGAGGAUUGCUCUUGCUGCUGAUUGCUGUGAUGGUCUCGUGGUUUCCAUCUGUAGUUACAUUUCCACUCUGAAAGAUGCAACGCUGAGUAUGGAGGACAGAAUUUACUUAUGUUCUCUGAACACUCUUGGUUUUGACAGACAGAUA